CCGGUACAGCCAGCGCCCGUUCGGUCAGCGCGCGGAUGAGGCGGACGCACCGUGGCGCGCUCUCCUUUGUUUUACGCACGGCAGCAGGCUGCAGCGGGCAGCGCGCAUGGCGUCCAACAUACAAUGGAUUAAGCGGAAAGACAUGAACGUCCGAAAGGAGGAAAAAGUCAGCCUGUGCCAGAGGGCACUCCAGAUCGUCACGGAGCUGUGCCUCGCGGGCCACGUCGACCAGGAAAAAUGCUCCGACAUCUUCCCGAUAGAGAGCAACAUACCAGGAGGAUCUAUUGCAGGCUCUGUCAGAAGGUACAGGCAGGAAGACGGGGAGACGGCCGUAAUAGCAGACAUCUCUGUAAGUCUCCUAGCUGUGGUCGUGGGUUUCUGUGGGCUCGCUCUGUUGGUAGUCUCUCUCUUUGUGUUUUGGAAGCUGUGCUGGCCCAUCUGGAGAAGCAAGGCCUUCUCCUCGCAUGGCGACAGCAUCCCACAAGGGGUCCUCCUCGAGGCUCCCCCAGUCAACCUGCCGCCUCCAAGCCCCUCGCCCAGGCCUCAGACACCUUCUGCUCCAGAGCCCAAGUCGACCAGGGUGUUGGCCUUGGGGCGCCAGGCCUCUCAGCAGCCGCAGCCUCCGCCUCAGCAGCAGCAGCCUCAGGAUGAGCUGGAGGAGAAGAAGAGGAAGGUGCCUGAGGUGAUGGUGAACGGCCGAAGCUCAGUCAAGCUGCUCGAGGCGGCCAUGAAGAUCAGCCAGACAUCACCAGACAUCCCAGCUGAGGUGCAGCAGGCCCUGCGCGACCGCAUCAGCAAGCAGGCCAAAAUCCAGCGGCAGACCACUGAGCCCACCUCCUCCUCCAGGCACAAUUCAUUCCGUCGCCACCUCCCGAGGCAGAUGAAUGUCUCCAGCGUGGACUUCAGCAUGGACACCCUGCCUGUCCGGCAGUCUUCUGCGGUCAGCAUCGGACGCAUCAAGCCCGAGCUCUACAAGCAGAAGUCUGUGGACUCAGAGGAAGGGAACAAAGAGCCGGUGGAGACUUGUGGCAAGCUGAGCUUCGCCCUGAGCUACGACUAUGAGGAACAGGCGUUGGUGGUACGCAUCCUUAAGGCAUUGGACUUGCCGGCCAAGGACUUCACGGGCACCUCUGACCCCUACGUAAAGAUCUAUUUGCUCCCCGAGCGUAAAAAGAAGUACCAGACAAAGGUCCAUCGUAAGACACUCAACCCCACGUUCGAUGAGGUGUUCCGGUUUCCGGUGGAGUACGAGCAGCUGUGUAACCGCAAGCUGCACUUCAGCGUCUUCGACUUUGACCGCUUCACCAGCCAUGAUAUGAUCGGAGAGGUGGUGGUGGACAAUUUGUUUGAGCUGUCUGACCUGUCACGUGAGGCUGUGGUCUGGAAAGACAUCCAUGCAUCAACUACAGAAAGUGUGGAUUUAGGGGAAAUCAUGUACUCCCUCUGCUACCUUCCCACGGCUGGCCGCAUGACCCUGACCGUCAUCAAGUGCCGAAAUCUGAAAGCCAUGGACAUCACUGGUGCUUCUGAUCCGUAUGUUAAAGUCUCUUUGAUCUGCGACGGACGGAGGCUCAAGAAACGGAAGACCACCACCAAGAAGAACACACUGAAUCCCGUUUAUAAUGAGGCCAUCAUCUUUGACAUCCCACCCGAGAACGUGGAGCAAGUCAGCCUGUCGAUCAUGGUGAUGGAUUAUGAUAGAGUUGGGCACAAUGAAGUGAUCGGUGUGUGUCGGGCAGGCCCCGAUGCUGAGGGGCUGGGCAGAGAUCACUGGAAUGAGAUGCUAGCUUACCCACGCAAGCCCAUCACACACUGGCAUGCGCUGUGUGAGUGGCCUGGAAGAGCAUCCAGUUUUGAAAGUCAGGGCUCCUGCCCCUCCCCGAAACCUCCACAGACUCCAUAACCUGGGCGGAUAAGAUCCUGAACCACACAAGUCUCCUCAAACACUUUAGCGCACACGUGCUUGGUUUGUAUCAUGAGCUAUCUAUUUUUCUCUUGUCGUAGCUUGUAACAUUGCAUCACUAUGCCAGAGGAUGACUCAGCGCAGGAACGUCCUGCUACACACACCUGAUGCUAAUGCAUUACCUCCGGGACUCUCUUCUGAAGAUGUACGAUCUGUUUAAAGCAAUCGGCGAGGCCCUCGGUAGAUGUGACAGAUGCAGAAAUGGUGGAAUAGGGAGGUCUGACAGUGUAAUGAUGCCAUGUCAGUUUGGAUGACAUAUCAAAUAGCAGCACUUACCAUUUUGUAUUUGAUAAAAUGUUGAAAAAGAGGCCGUGUUUACUUGAGGACAACAUUUGAAAAUAUCGAUGUAUUGUUUAAAAAGGACAAAAAAUAAUAGAAGUGGCAUGAAUAUCAAAAAUCUAAACUUGCUGUGUGUUUGUGAUUUAAAGGGUAAAACAACUAUGUUGAAAACUGAAACACUGUCACCUGUGCAAUGUAUGAGUAUACAAAAGAAUGACAGUAAAAAUGUAUGCAACUGUUAUUACUAUGGUUUUAUGAAUAUACCUUUACAUAUCUGAGAUGUUUUUCAAAAUCAAUUAUUUCUGUCCAAUUUGAAUCACCACACAGUAAUUUGUGCACAUUUGAUAUUUGUUUAGGUAUGGGGAGAACAUGACUUAAUACUUUAGCUAGAAGAAAUCUGAGUAUUUUACUAAUUUCAAAUAUUUUAUUUACAUUUUGGGCAUUUUCACACCUGUAGUUGUUUUUUUUUUUUUGGUGUAAUUCAGAUAACAAGUUUGAAACUACAAGUGAUUCACUUGGUUUGUUUUCACACGGGAAAACUCCAAGUGCACCAAAAUUCAUCACAACAAACCAUAUCAAAUGUCUCUCUGGAUAUUGGUCAAAGCAAAAGGACAAACAGGAAGAAUAUCCUGUGUUUUGGACUAGUGCAGAUUUCUGUGGUCCAGAAAACAAGAUCUUUUUUCAAAAUUUAAAGCAUUCAGAGGAUGCCCUCAUUCAGAUCAACAAAAGUGUUUCAACAUAGAGCCACAACAAAGCAUAUUUGUUCAUAUCUGUAGUAAUUCUAAGUUAAACUACAGCCACAGAGCCAUUUAUCUCAAAUUGGAGAGCACGGAUAGCUGAUAUUUUGGUCAGAUUGAGAUCUGAUCACAUUUUCAUCACAAACGAACUUCUCCAGAGUUUGUUUGGGACUGGACCAAACCCACCUCCACUAAGGGGUCUGUGUUCUAUUGUUUUUUUCUCCACAUCUAAGUGCGACUACUCUAUUCAUUACUACUUAAGAAAUGCAGGUGUGAAAACACCCUUUAACAUAUAACAAUAUGUUCAAAUCAACACACUAAAAUGUGUCUUGAAAUUUUAAGGGUGCAUAAAAACUCAAAUGUAAUGUGUAUAUAACCAUGUUUAUUACAGUACUUGUUGGUCCUAAAGUGUAGAUCAACAACCUCAGCCUUACAAAGUCAUCCAGGGUCAUUUGUAAGUUCCAAAAUUGGUGCUUUUGCGUUUAUUCAUUGCUUAAAGAUUAAAAAAACCUAAAUCAAAGUCAGCUACAGGAAGAGGGGUUUAUAAAUGGAUACUUGGGAAAUCGAUGUUACUUGCUUUAGUUUUCCACACACUGGUUUGACUGGUUUAGAAACUGAACACAAUGGAAGAGUUGAAAGAAUGCAUGAAUUGAAUGAAUUGAAAGACACUUUCUUUGUAGUUUAAUUUUUUGGUCAUCUUUUCACUGGAAACGAUAAAAAAGGGACAUGACACAGUAGCCAGAUGAUGUAGCGUGAGAAGUUUUUAUUUAUGUCAUCACAAAACAAAGGGUUUGUGCCCCCAGCAUAACUAAUUAACAGCAUUUUCAUUUGUCAUUGCCUGGAAUUUUACACAGCAACAAUGCUGCCGUGUCAUGUUGGAAUAUUAUAUUUAUGGGGUGAGCGCAGAUUGUUAUCACCACAGCCUGCUAUCAUUACUUACAAUUCCACUGUAAAAUGCUAAAAAGUAAAAAUAGGACUUUUUGCUAUUUAGCAGCCACACACAAACACAUGAACUUUCAGGCUAAACUUAAUUUUAAUUUACUCUCAUGCACAUGUGACAAAAUUGGAGAUAUGAGUAUAAACUACAGUACUGCACAAAUAUCAGAGACCAGCUUUCCGCACUGGUCAGUUCACACCAACAAUUUCUGAAGUUUAAUUUCUUAUUUUAUUUUCUCAGUGGAACCUUAAAAUGGGAAUCUUGACUAAAGUCAAUAUAGAACUCAAAGAAACAUGGGAUAGAUUACAUAAUUACUUUUUUUGUAAAUGGGUCUUUGAACAACCUAUACACCACCACAAAAAGAAAAAAUUGUAUGUACAUUUUAAAGAAAACCCUUUUUUAUUAGAGUGAGCUCAUCCUUUCUGAUACACAUUGUUGUCAGUGUUGUGCUGUCUUCUUACAAUACCUGUAGAUGUUCUCAGGUCUGAAUUGAGGGUAGAGCCUGAUUUUUCUUGGUUCUUUACCUCUUGUACUCCUCAGAAACACAGCUUUUCUGUUGUAUCCAACUGUUAUGACAAAUCAGCCAGUUUUUAUUGUUUUAAAUGUGUUUAAAUGAUUUAGACAUCAUUUAGAGUGUUUUUUAGAGUGUAAGAGAUGAAUGCUUUGUCUGCUGUUUUGCUACUUACGAAGAUACCAUCAGUGUGCCGUUAUUUCCGAAGAGACUGAGAAAAGUAAAGAAAACUAUGAGAACUUUUUGGGGUUCUACUUGCAGUAUGGAGCCAGUUUCCUCUCUCUAAAGUUAGAGCCAGGAAAGAGGAAUAGACAGUAGGGAUAGAUAGAGUGAAUGACUGUAGAGAAGAUUUGAGAAAGGUAGAGAUCAUAUUUAUAGGACAUUAGGUUGAGAGGAGGGAUUUCAGGCAUAUUGGUGGACAGUGCUGAUUGCUUUCUCUGUAUCUGGUUUCUUUUUUUUAAUUCUCUUUGGUUUUCUCCAUUCAUAUUUGAGUGGAUUGCCUUCUAUUCUACCUCACCAGGAAUCUUCGAAAAAUGAAAGAAUUGAGAAAUUGACCAUUUCUAAAUGACGCAAAUGCAGGGUGGUCUCUGACAUUUGCACAGUACUAUUCAUUGCUAUAUGGUAAUUGUUUUCUGGGUAAAACAACUUUUGCUCACAAAUUAAUUGGCAAGAAAUCAAAAGAAAGCAAAUAAUCAUUAACUUUUACACUUCAUUUUUUGUAUUAAAACCCAAAAACACACUUUUUACCUCUUUUUUGAAGUCGUAUGUAGGAAGGUAGCAUAUAUACGUCUCUGCACGUAAGCAUUCCCCACAUUUACAGAAUGUAUUAUCAAGUAUGAUGAGAGAUUUCAGGAUUUAUAAAAAAGGACUAAUUCUACAAACACUAGCCCUGCCAUUAACUUAACAUUUUGUAGCUUGCCAUUGUUCAAAUAUAUAUAUAUAUAUAUAUAUAUAUAUAUAUUUGAGUUUGCAGUCUCAGUUAUAUAAUGAUCAAAAAAUAUGCAUUGAAGUAAGAGUGCAUAAUGCAGAAAUGCAGAGUAUCUAUAGUAUAGUAUAUUAUCUCGUUUUGUGUCUUUCUUGCUAUCUAUUAAUCCCCUCUUUUUUAAGCCAUAUAAUGGAAUUCCCAGGGAAUACACUUGAAAAAGUAGGUCAGAGUUAAAUGCAACAUGUGGUCUUAGUUAAUUACAAUUCUACAAACUUCGCAGUAGAAAGAAUCAUUUGGGUUUGUUGAAUGUAUGCCACUUAAGUAGUAUCUGAAUCUUUGACAUAUUUUAAAUAAAUGAUUAAUUGUCUUUGAUAAAUAUGAAUAUAAAACAUAUAUUAAUGAAAUAUUUUAUUAAUUAAUGUAUUAUUUAUUUAUUUUUGGUAACUGGUUUAAAAAAAUGGUUAAAAAUGUAUGAACCAAAUACAGAGCAGGUAUGAACCAGGUCAUUUUCCCAGUUGAUUGCAGAACAACAGCCAAAGCAGCAAUUAGAGUAGGGCGCUUUGCAAUUAUGCAAAUUAGUCUAGCUACAUUUCAUCUAUAUAUUGCAGUUUUUUGACCAAAGGUGUAAACCUGGAUUUGUAUUACUCUGUGCAAAAAUCGACUUCUUACUUGAUUGCAGAGCUGCAGCUGUUUGCCCUUGGUUUUAUAAUGUCACCAUAGCAGCACAACCUGCUGAGGGCUGAAUUUAUCAGUACCUGCUCAGAUUUGGUACGUUUUGAAAUGAUUUUGAUCAUGAAUAUGUUGUGAAUUUCACGACUCUCAUUUAGUGGACCUCUGAAAGUGCCCUGCCUUUUAAUUGUUCACUCAAGUAAUAAUGCAAACAUGGCAAUUUAACGAAGGCUGUGUACUGUUAACUUUAAUUUGCACAUUAGUAUAAUAUGUCUCUGCCCCAGUACUCUGUUGGAGUAUAAGAACAAAGAGUAAUAUAUAUAUAUAUUCUUGUAGCAUGCUGAAACAAGCAUCUGGAUUUGUUUGGUAUCAUUUGGAAAUGUAGAAUCUGUGCUACUACAGAAUAUUGAAAAUAGUGUUUGUAUUUGCACAUACCCUCCUUCCCAGUGCCAACGUGCGUAAAUACUUGAGAAUUUUCUUGAACGUUAUGUUAAAGCGUAUUUCUAUGGGUUGUUCGGUGGUGAUUUGUACUAUGAGCUUGUGAUCUUCGAUAAUAUCUUUAUACACAAUUUGCAUAUAUUGUGAAAUGACUCAUCAAACUGUAAACAUGGUUGGAUAAGCGCUCUGCUUGCUGAGAAUCCUGUUCUCUGAGGAUUUGAAGGGAUUCUCAGUGUAAUAAAGUGCUUUUUGUCAUCAUUGUAUUUGGCAGCGAAAGUGGUCGCUACACUUUGUCAUGACAUGUACAGUUUUGUGAUAACUUUUGUAAAACUAUUCAGUAAAUAUUUGAAAUAUAAUUUUACUGUAUCUGUUUCCUAUGUAUUUUAACUAAAUAAAUCCAGCUUGUCAAAGUGCAA